GACGACUGGCAAUGUAAGAUAUUGGCAAGGAGUCUCACCAAUCUCAUUCUCAGGAGGCCACCAAACAACAUAACCAUGUUCGAUCACCGCUGUAGGCGCCGUCGUCGAACUCCAAGCUUCGAGUUGGGGGCUGUUUGUGUAAUAUAUAACUCCUACUUUCUCCUACUUUCCACUUGGAAAAAAUAGCUGGGAGACAGCAGCAACGAACCAAGACGUCAGCUACCCAAUCAGACAACUUUUCAGUCUUUGUAUCUCCCGCCUACCGACAAGAUGCUACAGACUGCUUCUCUCGCUGCUGCGGCUCUCAUUGGCCUAUUGGCCGGCCCUGCACCCGUUCUCGGCGCCAGCAGUAAGUUCUGCGAAGGCGGAAGCUGGUCCACCCUGGGCAAAACCGGCGGCAACGACAGAUUCCGAGGAGAAGUCGAUGCUCCUUCGGGUGACUUUAAAGUCCAAGGACAGUUCGUCGAGUUCAUGAUCGACCCCGCAACUUUUGCCAUCUACAACUAUGCGUGGCUCGGCAAGGAGAACGUUGGGGACAUGACAGGCCGCCAGUAUACGAACAUCUUCGCCUCCAAAGUCCCCGACCACCGCGGAGCCAACUUGACGUCGAAGAUCUCACUUGAAAUCAAGGAGGAGGUCAUCAAGAUCUCCCGCACAGGAAACGGCGUCUCCAUGACGAUCAGUGCCAAGGACUGCGCCCAGGGUGGUAUCUUCCAGAUGGAACCCGAACGCGCCGACAACACUAGCACCCGCAUAGUCCACACCCUGGCCGAUGGUGCCUUCCAGUACGACAACCCCAUCUUCCGCAGCAACCUGGGCAAGUUCAUGGGCUCAGAGUGCGUUUCCGAGGCGGGCCCUGCUGCCGAGGCCUGCGUCCAGGUCAGGCCCCGAGUCAACAUUGGCGCCGCGGGCCGUCCCAAGAUGGUGCUGCGCGACAGUGCCCAGGUCGCCUCCCGGCUGCCGCAGCCCGAGUGCGGGCCUGACUUCUCCAAUAACCUGGGCAUUGGUGGCGAGACCCGGGAUUACUGCGGCGGCAUGAGCAUCUGGGACGUCGCCAGCGGCGGCAGGAUGGGUAUGGUGACGGGCGAGGACUCGGUGGAGGUCAGCUCGCCGCCCGACGUUUGUGUUUCCGACUGCUUUCCUGGAGACCACCCUGCCACGGGCGAGUUGGCUGUCCUGGGUUUCCCUGACCCUGUCCCCGAGGAGGUCAAGCUGAAGCCGUUCAUGAGCGAGCAGGGUUUUGAUAUACCCUUGACGCAGUUUUCAACGACCAUUAUGGCCAAAGGAUGUGUCGAUCAAAGCAGUGUCCAUUUUAGGGGGGUUCGAAUGCCCCGAUGCACAAUGGAUUAGUCUAGAUAUCCCCAUCGGCCAUUAGGAGUAUUCCGGAGUAUUAGAACUAGUGAUCGACACCUGGGCAAGGGAGCUGGCGAAUGCUUGGCUGGCGGAUGGUGGUGGCUUGGGGCUUUAGCGGGCAGCCUUCAACUGUCGGAGGGUGGGGCUAGU